AUGCCCAACCAAACCCGCGACUAUGGAGACCUGAGAGUCACCAUGACGGCAGACUACCAUUGGGCUUGGGACAAUAAUGAAUACGGAACCCAUCGAGGAUGCACUUUCUGGAACCCUACACCACAGGGAGAUAUGCGUACAUUAGGUACAGUCUGCGUAAACAAGCAAAAUUACUGGGCGAGAAAUUGGAGAGCUACAAUAUUGUUUGGACCCAACCCAAAUUCGACGAAUCCAAAUCCGGCAGUCAAGAGACCGACUGAUUAUACUAGAUUGUGGUGGGAGUCUAAUGAUCAUUCUUGGCAUAUGGGUUCUGUCUGGCGUCCAAUUGCUCCAACUGGCUAUGUUGCCCUUGGAGAUUUAAUGGUCAACAGUGUCGACAAACCAAGUCUCGACUACCUCUGGUGCUUACGAGCCGAUCUCGUCAAACCCGCCAACUACUGGCCCGCUGAUAUAUGGAAUGACCGAGGAUCCGGAAGAUCCGCAGACAUCUCUAUCUGGGCGGUAGUCCCUGAGCCUUUGGGCGUAAAUGGCAGCGCAAAAAUUCCCCUCUUCGCCGACACAUUCAUCCACUCCAAUAACUACAGUCCACCUCACACCGGACUCGCAUUCGUACCGGUCCUAGACCUAGGGAACGAAUUCCAAGAGUUUGAUCAAUCCGUUCCCACUUUCUCAAAAACUUCCAUCCCAAACACGGGAAAAACUUAUGCCGUGGUUGAACAAGCCGCCGUCACUCUCCCCAUGCGCUGCUUCUUCUGGUCCGAAGACCCCCGUACCAUUGCCCAGAUUGAAAAGCCUUUUAUAUCAAUUAGCAAAGCGAUCGCCUGGUAUGUUGAAGGUGUGUACGAAAACGGUGGGAGUGGGAGUUUCACACGCGAACAACGCAUCAAAUCCGGUAUCUCCAAAACACAGACGGAAACUAUGGAACAUCAAGUUGGCAUUACGAUUACUGCUUCCCAUGGUUUCAAACUCGCCGAAAUGUCAGUUACGUUGAAUUAUCAGUUUACACAUACACAAUCAACGAGUUUUACUGAGUUUACGGAAACGGAGAUUACGCAGAGAUUUGAAGUGCUACCCAAAACUUGUACGGUGCUUUUUAGUAAGCAUGUUUAUAUGAAGGGAACGAUGAAUAACGGCGGAACUAUUUUGAGUGAGAUUGAGGCGGUGGCAAAUGAAGAUGUGCAUCUCGGUGGUUGCACUCUUUGA